CAUCGAGCCGUUAUAUAUAAAUAAAAACUGUUCUCUCACAUCAUCGGAGCCAAAAUCUACAGACUCGUUCGAGAAGACGACUUUCAUUUUGCUAAAGGAUUUGGAGAAUCUGUGAAGAGAUGGCAGGAAAAAUGAACCCGAAGGUCUUCUUCGACAUUUUGAUAGGAAAAAACAAGGCUGGUCGUGUUGUAAUGGAGCUAUUCGCUGACGCAACACCCAAAACAGCAGAUAACUUUCGUGCUCUAUGCACUGGUGAGAAAGGUAUUGGGCAAGCAGGGAAGGCAUUACACUACAAAGGGUCAGCUUUUCACCGUAUAAUCCCAGGGUUCAUGUGCCAAGGAGGAGAUUUCACACGUGGGAAUGGAACUGGUGGAGAGUCUAUUUAUGGGGCUAAGUUUCAGGACGAGAACUUCAAGUUGAGACACACUGGUCCAGGGAUUUUGUCUAUGGCUAACGCAGGUCCCAACACGAAUGGUUCUCAGUUUUUUAUUUGUACGGAGAAGACGCCUUGGCUUGAUGGGAAGCACGUGGUGUUUGGGAAAGUUGUUGAUGGGUAUAAUGUGGUGAAGGAGAUGGAGAAGGUUGGGUCUGAGAGGGGGACUACUUCUGAGAAAGUUGUGAUUGAAGAUUGUGGUGAGAUCAAGAAUGAAUGUUCAGAAGAGGUUUCAAACAAGGAAUGAAAGUUCAUAAAUCUCAAAUAUUAUGUUGUGAAAGAUCUUUGAGAUCAAAACCGUAUGAAGUGAUUGAACCUUCUGAGUUUUUUUUUUUUUUUUUGUUUUCAAAAACUCAAUGUAAAAGAGUAGGAUGGGUAAUAAUAAUGGAAUCACU